AUGGCCGACCACAGGUUCAGGCCCGUGUCCGGGGAGAAACCCUGCUGCGACAUUUCCAAGAAAGCCCAGAUCUGUCUCUGCGUGGUUUUCGGUCUCCUGGUGGUGGUGAUCAUCGCGGUGGUGGUGGGGAUCGUGAUGUGGCGCCAGCCGCCCCAGCACCGGGAGUGGAAGGGGGCGGGCACCACCGCCCAUUUUUACGAGAUAAUCCUCGGACGGUGCUACACCUACACCCAAAUCGUGCGACCCGAGCUGGGACAUAAAGAUUGCCAAAAGAUAGGGAAGGCAUUCACAAAUGCGUUUCUUUCUAAGGAUCCUUGCAGCAGCACGGAACAGGACUAUCAGCCAUUGAUGGAACUGACGAAUCAAACUGUACCUUGUGACAAGACCCUCCUUUGGAGCAAAACAAAUGAGCUGGUGCACGAAUACGCAUGGGUCCAGCGGGAGUUCUUCACCCUGGAGAACACACUGCUGGGCUACAUGGCGGACGGCCUCAGGUGGUGUGGAGACCCAGGCUCUCCUGAAAUGAACUAUCAAUCUUGUCCAGACCGGAGGACAGACUGUAGCAACAACUCUGUUUCUGUAUUCUGGAAUACUGUGUCCAAAAGGUUCGCAGAAGAUGCCUGUGGUGUGGUCCAUGUGUUGCUCAAUGGGUCCGUCCAUAACAGCUUUGAUGAAAGAAGCACUUUUGCACGUGUGGAAGUCUUUAAUUUGCAUCCAGAGAAGGUUCAUACGCUACAGGCCUGGGUGAUGCAGGACAUCAGAAAUAUUUCCAGUGACUCGUGUUCGGAUGCCUCCAUUAAAAAUCUGAAACUGAUUCUAAGCAAAAGGAAUAUUACAUUUACCUGCGAGAAUAAUUACAGGCCUAUCAGGUUUCUUCAAUGUGUGAAAUAUCCUGAGCAUUCAUCUUGCAGAUCUAAGAUAUGA